AUGUUCGGACUGUUCCCAAAGGGAGUGGGCCAUGCUACAGUGCAGCUGGCCCCAAUGGGUCGUGUGGUGCUCUCUGCCAGUCAGGCUCGUCUCCUCAUGUCCUUCCACGCACACCUCUUCGCCACUCUCCUGCGCCGCUUCCGCCGCUGCUGCCAAGCUGCACCCACUGCCAGUGCGCUACAACCCCAAGGCCCCUCUACAAGCCAUCCCUGCCAGGGUGCUGCUGCUGCUGCAGGUAUGGCCGCUGCGGCUGCUGCUGCUGCGGCUGCUGCUGCUGGUGCUGCUGGUGCUGCUGCUGCCUCUGGUGGUGCUGCUGCUGAUACUGCUGGAAUGGCUGCAGCUGCAGCUGCUGCUGCUGCUGGGACUGCUAGUGCGACUGCUGUUGCCAUGGCCGCCUCUGCUGGUGCUGCUGCUGGUGCUGAUACCAGUGCUGCUGUUUGCAACGACACAGACUUUAGUGAAGCAGACUGUGCUGGGCCUGAGGGAAAGAAGAGGAAGCUGUGGGGAGUGAGGCCGAGUGGGAGUAAGGUGGAGGCCGGUGGAAUGCAGUGCAGAGGGGUAGAGAAGGGUAGGAACCGGAAAGUUUCGGUGGGCUUGAUUGGAGAAGAGGGAGAGGAAGAGUCGGAUAUGGAUGUGUCUGGACGAGUGGAAGAAGGGGAGGAGGAGAUCAAGGUAGAGGGAAGAGGAAGGGGUGAAGGGCAGGUGUGGAAGGAGGUGUCGUGUGCGGUGAUUGACUGGGCUGUUGUCAUGUCUGUUGCUGAUGCUUCCUUGUGGCUGGUAGAUGCUACCGAGAGGGGUGAGGCGAUGGGGCAGGCGACGAGGAUAGAGGAGGAGAAGAGGGUGGGGGGGAAGAGAAUGGGAGAGAAGGGAAUGGGGGAGGAAGGGGAAGAGGAAGAGGAGGUGCUAGAGGAAAGGACGAACGAGGAGAGGAGAGAUCGGGAGGAGGGGGAGAAGGGAGAGGAGUCGAGGCAAGCACAAAGAAGAACCGAAGAACAAGGGGGACGAGGAGAGCAAAGGAACAGGCAAGGAGAAAAGCAGGACAAGAACGGGGGAGGAGGCAAAGAAGCUACAGAAGAUCAGGGGGGUGGUGGGUUGCACUGUGAGCAGCAGCAGCAGGGGCAGCAGCAGCAGGGGCUGAGAGUGCUGGGGGGACACAUGCAGAGGCUAAGUCUAGAGGAGCAAUUGGCAGCUGUGGAGCGCAUGAGAGGGUGUGUGGUGGUCGCCAGGCACACUGGGUGGCUGUACCGCGUCUCUCGGGGGGAGGCUGGGAAGGGGGAGGCGGGGCGAGGGGAGGCUGGGAGGCGGGAGGCAGAUGGGGGGAAGGCUGGCCGGGGGAAGGUGGUAAUGGGGGAGGUGGAGCAUGGGGAGACAGGGUUGAUGGAGAGAGGGAUGGAUGAGCAAGCUGACGUUAAUGGGAAGAGUGGACGGGCAGAGGUGGUGAAUGGUGAUGGUGAGGCAGAGGAGGAGGAUGGGGAGCGGAAAGAGGUGAAUGGUGGGGAGGCGGAGAAGGAAGGUGGAGGAGAGGGUGUGUUGACGGCUCUGAGUCCCUUCCCCAAUAAAGGCUAUGCCACAUUUGAGGAAUAUUUCAGAGAGAGGCACGGUGUGCGACUGGUGUGCCCCCACCUGCCUCUGCUGCUCAUGCGCUCGCUGCCCUCUGCCAAGGCUUGCCUCAAGCCCCCCUCGCCAAACGACAUGCCUAAAGCCUCCAAGACCACACUCUCCUCCGCCUCCCCCUCCUCCUCGCGCCCGUUCGCCGUGCUGCUCCCCCCCGAGCUGCUCCAUCCACUCAUGUCCUUCCCUCUCUACCAGGCCGCCUCACUGCUGCCCUCUGUGCUGCACCGCCUGCAAGGGCUGCUGCUGGCAGGGGAGUUGAGGGACAGGAUAGGCCGGGAGGCUCACAUGGAAGGGGUGCUCUCGAACCUUCCAGUCACUAGGCUCUUACACGCCAUAACGGCCUAUUCAACUGGCGAGGGAUUCUCAUACGAGAGGGACGAGCUGCUGGGGGACUGCUUCCUCAAGGCGGCGGUCAGCUCGCAUCUUUUUCGCGAGCUGCCCGGCGCGCACGAGGGCGUGCUGACUCAGCGGCGCACUGAUGCGAUCAGUAAUGAGGCGCUGCUUUCGACUGCCAAGGAGAUGAAGCUGCAUGAGUAUCUGCGAACGGGGAUAUUCACAGCAGGGAAGUGGCGCGUGCCUGGCGUUGCCCCUUGUGACUACCCUUGUGGGCAUGCACAGCUGAAGCAGGAGAUGAGGGAGCGGCGGACUCAAGGGAAGGAGCAGCAGCAGGCAUUGGACAAGAGGAGAAAGAAGAAGAAGAAGCAGUGUGUGGUGACUGAGCGGGAGCAAGAGGCAAGAAAAGGUGCGGAGAAGGGGGGUGAAGGGAGGAAUGGAACAGAUGGGGAGGCGGAGGGGGAGGUGGGAGACGAAGAGGGUAAUGAUGGUGGGGAAGGGGAGGAAGACGAGGAGGGUGAGGAGGAAGAGGAGGAGGGGGAGGAGGAAGAGGACGAAGAAGAGGAGGGGGAAGAGGAGGAGGGGGAGGAGGACGAGGAGGAGGAGACGGAGGAAGAGGAGAUGGGGGAGGGAGACGAAGAUGCUGAAAUGGAGGAAGAAGAGGAUACAGAGGAGGGGAGCGAGGAAGAGGAAAGAGAGGAAGUGGAGGGGGAGGUAGAAGCAGAUGAGGAGGAGGAAGAGGAGGAAGAGGAGGAAGAGGAGGAAGAGGAAGAAGAGGGAGAGGGAGAGGGAGAAGAGGGAGAGGGAGAAAGGGAGAGGGGAGAAUCCAUCAGAAGCAGUGGUAUUGAAACUGAGAACGUCUGCAUCGUUGAAGGAGAAGGUGUUGAGAGCGGUGGAAGCAGCGGGAUGGGAGGAAGAAACCACAAGAAAGGACCGAACCUGCCUCCUCCUGUGGUGGCAGUAUCCCCCCCUCCUGUGCGGGUGUCUGGGAAGGCUUUAGCUGAUUUGGUCGAGGCUCUGGUGGGGUGUGUGUGGGACACGUGUGGGGCUGCUGCUGCUACAUGUGUCAUGGGGUGGUUGGGCCUUCCCGUGGGGCUGUCUGGGUUUGAAGAGGCAGAUGGGGGUCCAAGAGAGGAUGGGAGAGAGACUGGAGAGGUGUGUGGAGGGGUGGAUAGAAGGAAGAGUGGGAUUGUGGAAGGAAAUGGGAGAGAGGUGUGUGUGGGUGGGAAUGGGGAGAAAACUGUUGAUGCCAUAGGAGCGAGGGGGUCUAAUACAGAUGAGGUGAUGUUGGAAGAAGAUGGGGGGAAGGAAGGAGAGGAAGGAAGGAUGAGGGGAGAAAAGGAGGGAGGGGAGGAGGAAGGAGAUGAGGGAGGGGAGGAGGGAGGAGAGGACGGAGGAAAUGAUAAGGGGUUGGCGGGAGUGAGGGAGAUAGAGGAGGCACUGGGGUACGAGUUCAAAGACAAGCGACUGGUCCUGGAAGCCCUGACCCACCCCAGCUUCGUCAACUGGGCGUCUGACGAAGUCGUCACAUGUUACCAGGUGAGCUGUGAGUCAUGA